UAGGAAAACGGUAAGCGAAGUUCUCUUGGGGGUAUUGAUUAGAGUGGAGAUUUUUCAUUUUCAUCUUCUUAAUGGAAACGGAUGGAAAACAGCAAUUGAUAUCUCUGCGGAGAUAAAAAAGAGGACAGAGACGGAGAACGGAGAAUAGGAUAUUCAGCCCCAUUUCUCAACGUUGCCAUCCCUACCUUUUCCUUCUGUCCUUUGCCCCUUUGAGUUAUUUAACCAGCGUCCGUUGACCAAAUGAAAGCGGCCACCAUUAGGCGAUAUCAGCCUAAUAUCGCUAACUUCCGUCUGGGAUUCACAACUUUCAAUUGCUUCUCGGUUGAUUCUGAAAUCGGAUCCUAUCGAGCUACACAUGAUCACUUUAGCAAAAUGGUGUAUGCAACUUCGUGUGUUAGCCUUUCGGAAUAUCCUUAGAAUGAUAAAGACAAGGGGAAAGAGAAUCGUGUUUCUGAUAUGUUAAUUGAUUCAUUUGGAAGGAUGCACACUUACUUGAGAGUAUCCUUGACUGAGCGUUGCAAUUUACGUUGUCAGUAUUGUAUGCCAGCCGAGGGCGUGGACCUCACUCCUAGCCCUCAAUUACUGUCACUCAAUGAAAUUCUGCGCUUGGCUAAUCUUUUUGUAACUUCUGGUGUCAAUAAAAUCCGUUUAACUGGUGGGGAGCCUACUAUUAGGAAAGAUAUUGAACAAGUAUGCUAUCACCUAUCUAGCUUGAAAGGUCUUAAGAAACUUUCCAUGACUACUAAUGGACUCACCCUUGCUAGAAAACUUCCUAAGCUAAAAGAGUGUGGCCUUACUAAUUUAAAUAUUAGCUUAGACACAUUAGUACCUGCAAAAUUCGAAUUUUUGACCAGGCGCAAAGGCCAUCAGAGGGUUCUCGAGUCCAUUGAUGCUGCUAUAGAAGUUGGCUACAAUCCUCUCAAAGUGAAUUGUGUAGUUAUGCGUGGGUUUAAUGAUGAUGAGAUGUGUGAUUUCGUAGAGAUGACAUAUGAUAAACCAAUUAAUGUUCGGUUCAUUGAGUUCAUGCCUUUUGAUGGUAAUGUUUGGAAUAUCAAGAAGCUUGUACCAUACACGGAGAUGUUGGAUACAGUGGUCCAAAAGUUUCCUGGACUUAAGAGACUACAAGAUCACCCAAUGGAAACAGCCAAGAAUUUCAAGAUUGAUGGGCAUUGUGGUACUGUCUCUUUCAUCACAUCCAUGACUGAGCAUUUCUGUGCUGGUUGCAACAGAUUGCGACUUUUGGCUGAUGGGAAUUUCAAGGUUUGCCUCUUUGGUCCUUCAGAGGUUAGCUUAAGGGAUCCCCUUCGCCGGAAUGCAACUGAUGAUGAGCUUAGGGAAAUAAUUGGGGCUGCGGUCAAAAGGAAGAAAGCUUCACAUGCUGGGAUGUUUGAUAUUGCAAAGACAACGAAUAGACCUAUGAUACAUAUCGGUGGCUAAGGCUUGCUGCUGCAGCUUUCCCAGUGAGUCGUUGCACAAGGUCUCGGAAAUUUGCUACGUCAGUCUAUGAUUUCUGGAGCAAAUAUGUGAAUUACGCGAACCUUGGGUUUAAAUUUGUGGGAAUUUUUGUACAUGGACAUUGAUGGAUUUGAACCAUAACUUGAAACUAGACACAUUAAUUGGGUUA